ACGGCAUUGCAUUCCGCAUUUGCUAAUCACAGUAUCUACUUCCUUCCGGCCUAUAAUUUUCUUGUGUGAGAAAACCGCUCGCACGUGUUGGAGCUGAAUACGAAGCAACAAGCAACGUUUUGAGGGCGACUCUUCCGACAGCGUCGUUCCAGCGACGAUGCUACUGCGCACAGCGACAAGCUUCCGAACGACGACGACACAGUCGCUGUAAAUUCCAAGAUGGUGUCGCCACCCGUUCGGCAGGUGCUGCUGCCAUUUCCCCAGCGCGGCGCAACCAUCGCAAACCUCAUUGUGCGCCCUGCUCUCCAACCUUACCACGCCCCUUUCUCCCCUCCCUUCGCUCGAGCCGAUGCUGCCGUGAACUUUACUCCGUCUUACUCUCGGUCAAUUUCCACCUCGCCCUUGACCACCAGGACUCGUCCAGCACCUAAUACACUUAAUCCCGCCAGUACAUCACCGCUCAAAGCCGCCAUCGGCCUACGUGGACGAGGGGCCAUUCUAAGGCGACUUUCUGUUACGUCAAUAAACCAGAAGGAUUCUCAAAGCAGAACCAUUGACAGAACCCAAAGUGCGACACUUCUGGGGUCUAGGUCCGGUAAUGCCAACAGCAGCGACGUAGUUAGUAUACCAGAGGGCGCAAUUAACGCAAGUUCCCAGCCCGAGAGCCACGUUGCUAUUGAGAAACACACGCCCAGCUCUUCUCUUGAAAAGGGCACCAAGGCAGGACGGUUAAACCUCCGGGCACGUCUUAGUAAGGAGAAGGACGAACCUAGGAAAUGGUCUACUUUAAAAGAGAUCUGGCGGCUGCUUCGGAUUGCACGUCGCGAGACGUGGCCAUUGUUGGGUGCUGUUGCUCUGCUCCUUAUUUCUUCCGCUGUUACUAUAAGCGUUCCUCUCACUAUUGGAAGGGUUAUGAAUCUUGCCACAAGCGAUUCAGCAGAAACUAAAAUAUUUGGUCUCACUUUAUAUCAAUUCUUUCCAGCUCUGGCUCUAGUCUUCACUAUCGGCGCAGCUGCCAACUUCGGUCGUAUUGUACUCCUUCGAGUCAUUGGCGAGCGCGUUGUCUCGCGUUUGCGCUCCCUGUUGUACCGCAAGACUCUCGCUCAAGAAGGUGAAUUCUUUGAUGCCAACAAAGUGGGCGACCUGACUUCUCGUUUUAUUGCUGAUACGACCAUCGUUGGUAAGAGCAUUACGCAAAAUGUUUCCGAUGGCCUACGGUCCAUCAUCAGUUGCACAGCAAGCUUUAUCGCUAUGGCUUGGAUCAGCCCCAGUUUAGUAUUAACCAUAUUCCUCGCGGCCCCUUUCAUCGGCGCUGGUACUGUGAUUUACUCACGAGUCGCGAGGAGAUUAGCGACGCAGUCACAGAAGGCCCUAGGCGCCCUUAAUAAGAUUGGUAAUGAGCGGCUAGAAAGUAUCCGCACGGUUCAGGCGUUUGCGGGUGAGUCGCAGGAGGUCGGUCGGUACAAUACACAGGUCAGGAAACUCUUCAAUAUCGGCAAAACGCAGGCCUUAACGGAUGCACGUUUCUUUGCUCUCAAUGGAUGGCUCGGCAAUAUGAUUGUCAUCGGUCUGUUGUGGCACGGGGGUAGUCUUGUUCGAGAAGGGUUCCUCACUCUUGGCGACCUGACGACUUUCAUGAUGUACGCUGUAUAUGCUGGGACCAGUGUUAUAGGAGUCACCAGUUUCCUUUCAGAACUCAUGAAAGGUGUUGGAGCCGCGACUCGUCUGUUCGAGCUUGAGGAUCGUAAACCGGCUAUUCCCCCGACACGUGGCAUCCCCGUUCGAUCCGCCAAGGGUCUGAUAGAAUUUUCAGAUGUCUCUUUUGCUUAUCCUACGCGCCCCGACAAUCAAAUCUUCAAGGAUAUGAGCUUCUCAAUCCCUGGGGGUAGCAAUGUAUGCAUUGUCGGCCCGUCGGGUGGCGGGAAGAGUACUGUAACUUCGCUUCUGUUACGCUUCUACGAGGUUAACAGCGGCACAAUCCGUGUGAACGGAGUGGAUAUAUCUACGAUGAAUGCAAAGCAACUACGUCGGUGUAUCGGCGUAGUCGCUCAAGAGCCAGUCCUUUUUUCUGGCACGAUAGCGGAGAAUAUUGCAUAUAGCAACCCGCGGGCGGACCGCGCUGCCAUUGUCCAAGCUGCUUCACGAGCCAACUGCACGUUUAUUAGCAAGCUUCAAAAGGGUCUGGACACGGAAGUUGGUUCCCGAGGCACGCAACUUUCCGGAGGACAGAAGCAGCGCAUCGCCAUCGCUCGUGCUCUCCUCAAGAACCCUGAUAUACUCAUCCUUGAUGAAGCCACAUCUGCCCUCGAUGCCGAGUCCGAGGUAGCCGUCAAUGCCGCCCUUGCUCGACUCAUGGGUGGCAACAUGACAACGAUCUCGAUCGCCCACCGCCUGUCGACGAUCAAGAGAUCCGACAUCAUCAUUGUUCUCAACAACGAAGGCUCGGUCGCCGAAACUGGCUCCUACACCCAGCUUAGUGCUGAUAAAGAUAGCGCUUUCAGUAAGCUCAUGGAGUGGCAGAUGACAGGUGGUGAAAAUCCACACCCCCCAGCACCACCUUAUCGACCACCGCAUGAGCCAGAGACGGUCGAUGAAGAGUUCGAAGCCCUUGACGAGGAAGAAGUCGAUGAAGAAGAUAAGGAGGGUGAAAAGCGGCCGAGGUAGAAGGGGGGUUUUUGGACAGCCUCAAAAACUUUGUCAUUGUUUUUACAAAAACCACUUGUAUUACCAUGGAGAGAAUGUGAUGCCCUCAGCUGAUUUCCCUCGCACUGUCAUGCAUCAGAAUCUUUUACGCGUUUUGUUUCUUGCCUGAUCGGGAAGAAGAAUAGGCUGGGGCGUUUAGAAUACGAUAGAAUCAGGUAUGGCAAGGUAUGAUACCAUAUACACAUGGAAAGGAGACAUUGGAGUAUGACAUCGGCGAAAGGAGCGCAUUAAGGGGGAUGCCGCCAUGCACUUGUGAGACGAUAGGGCGGCUUUCCUGCUGGAGGUAUAUGUGAAGAAACAAAGAAAGAAAGACAUGUAGAUCUCUGCUGUAUAUUAUAAAUGUACAUAUACUCAACUUUAUGUCGUCUUAUUUUAUUUGUUGACUAGUUGCCGCAUGCGAUUCAGUGGCAACUGGGGCUUUGCAGCAUUUAUGUACUUCCUUCUCUUAUGGUGAAUAAGAGACUCACUCUUGUGGUGUAGUGUAGUCACGAUCGAAUAUGUACAGAUAUUUGGAUAAUUAUCUCCACUUAUAUGUUGAUAGAAAGACACUUUUGCUCCCUUCUUAA